AUAGCACAUCGACGUUGGUCUUAUCCUUCCGUGUUUUUCCCCCGUCAAUAUUAAUCUACAUCAUUAAUUUCAACAUGUUUGAAGAAGCAAGCGAGGUGUUUGACAACAUGUUUAAGUCGUCUUUCCCGCUGACUUUCAUUGUGUUUUUACCGGCCGUGUUGAUUCUGGUGUCUCCGCUUCCAGCAGAAGCGGCUCAUGAGUUUACAGUAUACCGCAUGCAGCAGUACGAUCUGCAGGGACAGCCUUAUGGCUCCAGAAAUGCCAUUCUGAACACUGAAGCCCGCACAGUGGAAGCAGAGGUGCUGGGACGUCGCUGUGUGUUGAUGCGAUUGGUCGAUUUCUCUUAUGAGAAAUAUCAGAAGGCGCUGAGACAGUCCGCGGGGGCGGUGGUUAUUAUCCUGCCCAAAAAUGUCUCCACUAUGCCUCAGGACAUAGUGCAGCAGUUUAUGGAGCUGGAGCCAGAGUUUGUUACCACGGAGACCAUCGUCCCUGUUUACUUUGCUCUGGAGGAUGAUGAGCUGCUGUCUAUCUACGCUCAGACCCAGGCCUCCUCUUCCUCACAGGGCUCUUCAUCAGCAGCCGAAGUCCUGCUGCACACAGCCACUGCUAAUGGUUUCCAGAUGGUGACCAGCGGUGCCCAGAGCAAAGCUGUCAGUGACUGGGCUAUUACCAGUCUAGAGGGUAGACUGGCUGGAGCGGGAGGAGAGGAACAGCCCACUAUCGUACUGGUCACUCACUAUGACUCUUAUGGAGUGGCUCCUUGGCUGUCUUAUGGAGCGGACUCUAACGGCAGUGGAGUGGCCAUACUGCUGGAACUGGCCCGGGUCUUCUCCAGACUCUACUCUUAUAAGAGAACUCAUGCAGGGUAUAAUCUGCUGUUCUUUGUGUCUGGGGGAGGAAAGUUUAAUUAUCAAGGCACCAAACGCUGGCUGGAGGACAAUCUGGACCACACAGACUCCAGUUUGCUGCAGGACAACGUGGCCUUCGUGCUGUGUUUGGACACACUGGGCAGUGGAGACAGUCUCUACCUUCACGUGUCUAAACCGCCCAAAGAGGGAAGUCCUCAGCACGCACUGCUGAAAGAACUGGAGUCUGUCAGUGCCAGUCAGUUCCCAGAGCUGAAGUUUUCCAUGGUUCAUAAGAAGAUUAACCUGGCGGAGGAGACGCUGGCCUGGGAACACGAGCGUUUUGGAAUCCGCCGUCUCCCGGCAUUCACGCUGUCCCACCUGGAAAACCACCGCGGCGCCGUCCGCAAGAGCAUCAUGGACGUGCGGUCAGUCUCCUCCUCUUCUCUGGAUGGGGCGGGACAAAUCAACACCGGGCCAGGGGUGGAUCUGAAAAAACUGAGAAGGAACACGAAGCUAAUCGCCGAGGCUCUGGCCCGAGUCAUCUACAACCUCACUGAAAAGGGCGCUCAGGGAGACCUGGAGAUUUUCACCGAACAGAUGCAGGUGCAGGAGGAGCAGCUGGCGUCGGUGGUGGACUGGCUGACGGCCCAACCGCGGGCCACCCAGCUGGUGGACAAAGACAGCAGCUUGGUCAACACACUGGAGUAUUACCUGGGUCGGUACCUCAAAGACGUCAAGAAACACUACGUGAAAGCCGACAAGAGGGAUCCAGAGUUUGUGUUUUACGAUCAGCUCAAACAGACCAUGAAUGCCUACAGGGUGAAGCCAGCUAUCUUUGAUCUGCUCUUGGCUGUGUGCAUCGCAGCGUACCUGGGCGUGUUGUAUUUGGCCAUCCAGCAUUUUGGGGUUCUGUACGGGGUUCUGCGCAGAGUAUCUCAGCCCAAGAGCAAACAGCACUGAUUUCCUCCAGCCCGCUGGACCCGUGAACACGGCUCCAGAACCUGGCCGCUGCUGCUGCAGCAUGGGCGGGGCCUCUCAGAGGCCUGGCACGGAGGGCCACGCCCCUCUCUGAUUACUUUAAUCUGUUUGUCUACCUUUUUUUUUUUUUCAUCAAAUUUUGAAAAAUGAGCCUUGAUUUUUGUCUUUUUUUAUUUCUCUCUGCCAAACAAACAUGUUCUUAACCGUUUAUUUGAUUGUCCCUUAGCUGGUCGGGGGGGGGGGUCCUUCCUCUUCUCACUGAAUCGUCCCUGUUCUGUCUCCAGUCUGCCUGGACCCUCAGUGUUUCUCUGAACCCUGAAACCUUUUUGCCAAACGACUGUAGCUCUUCUCCUCUGGGCAGCUAACAGGAGGCGCUGGCACCGUAGCUCAGAGAGCGUGUGUUGGUUUGGGACUGAACUCUGCACCCGUUUGGCUUCUCCACACGGGGCCUUGUAGCAGUACAAACCCACAGGACCAGCGGCGGGGAACUUGGCUUUUAAAACACUGGCGGUUAGAGCAGGUUUAUGUCAUCUGAGGGCGAAGCAAUGCAAUCUUAUUUUAGCUCUUAAUGUUUAAAAGUUGAUGUGUGUAAAUCAAAAUCGAUCAGCCGCAGCCCUUCCAAACGUGAUCUGAAAUUUGGGGGGGGUAUUUUGAGGUUGCCAGUGAGAUCAGUUUUCUGAUGUGAAGUCUGUGGGGUACAGUCACACAGAACGCUCAGACCUGACAUGCGUGAACAGGCCCCAGGGAGGUUUCAGCACAGGCGAACAUGGUCAGUGCGAACGAGCCCAAUGUCCGUUAGUCUCUGCCUUUCACUGAGGACAAACUGCCGUCUGGCCUCUGACUGUUCAUCAGACGAAAACUGAUGUUAUUUAUACUUAAACUUUGUCUUCUGCAACCACAAUUGUCUUACAAAAUUAAAUCUUUACAGUAGAUUUUUCCUCCUUUGAAUGAUUGCAUUAUUUUUAUUUUAUAUUGACUGUCAUUCUACUGGCAGAUUGCCUCUCUUUAAUCCAGUUUGGCUCCAAACAAGUUGCUUCUCAUUGGACACAUUUGGUUUAAACGACAGUGAGCCUGGCUAAUAAUCCCUCUGAGAUUGCCUUACCUCGGCCGGCAGCGUCCUGCUGACUCACUCUCUGUUGGGAUGAUCUGUAAUCUGAAAUGGUUUAUAAAUAGAUUGGUUCUCUUCACUGAGGACCAGCAGACAUCCGUGAUCCAAGUCCUGAAUUUCUUCCCUGUUCUCCACAGUUGUUUCUCCACAGUUUUACCACGGUGGAGUUUAUAAAAGCUAAGAGAGAGGGGGGGGGGUCAUUGACCCACUUUAUGAUCCCGCAUGUCCUAUGGUGAAUAAAGGCUUUGUCGUAAUCCCAACGGUUAAUCGAAGCGUCAACCAGCAAACAUCUGCUAAUCCAGACUGUUGCCUGUGUGAUUAAAAACCUUAUUGCUCUAAUUUAUGGAAGUCACUGAGGCUUCUCUCUGCACUGAGUUUAUCCACCUGUCUGUCUGUCUGUCUGUCUGCCCUGGACUGUCCCCACCU